CGUCAGCAGUGCCACGUCAACAGUGCCACGUCAGCAGUACCACGUCAGACGCAGUGCCACAUCAACAGUGCCACGUAAGCAGCAUUGCCACAUCAGCAACAUGACGGGUCUGCCAGGCCAACUGGCCAAUGAGACCAUUGUCGCCUACAAGCAGUGUUGCCUGGCUCAGAUAGAGGCUGAGGAACAACGCCUGCUGGCAGUCGAGGCUGCCCGCAUACAAGCUGAAGAGGCAGCAGCAGCAGAGAAACUACGGCUACAGGCCGAUGCAGAAGCAGAUGCCCAGGCUCGCCGAAAGGAAGCCCAGGAUCUGCUGCAGCGGCAUGAAGCCAACAGCAUCGACAGACUCAAGUACUGGCAUUUUCAACCGAACGGCGACGACGCAACACCGGAAGAAAAGGACAAGGAGUUCCUCUCCAAACUCGUGACGCGRUUGUUGUAUGCUUGCAACUACCAAAGGUCAGAGUUGGAGAGACAGCAUCAGGAAUUGGCGACGCUCCGCCACACAGUGCAGAGCUACGAGGAUGCAAAUCGGGCACUCAAUGCCCGAUUGUUGGACCUAGAACAGGCAGUACCAGGACCAGCUGCUGGAGCUAACAGCAGUGCACCCUCAAGCCGUCAACUGGAGGACCGCGUUGACCACGUAGUGGCAAKGCUCGGCGACAUCAGCACCUUCGCUGCGCCGACCACCACCAUCAGCARKYAGCUGCAUACAUUGAAGACCGAGGUCCAGAAGCUGCAGUCGACGAACGCGGACGACAAUCCGAAGAUGUACAAGAUGCCAACUUUCAACCUGGAGAGGUUCGACGACUACACGCAGCAGGAUCCCGUCCUCUGGUGGGAAGCAUUCACAACGCAACUCAGGAUUCUGCCAGUAGCCAAGCAUGCGUACAUCGGCGCCCUGUUCCUGAACUCAAAGGGCGGAUGCCAGACCUGGUUGAGCCACCUCGCAACCUCCAACAGCGUCGACGUACCAGACUUGAAGGACGUAAUCACAUGGGAGGAACUAACACGGCUGUGGAAGAAGCGGUUCAUCGUCGACGACGCGCCGACACUCGCCAUCAACCGUUUGUUCACCAUGUCACAGGGCAACACAGCAACACGGGACUGGCUCACGGAGUCCUGUGCAGCAUUGAGCCAGGCUCUUGGUGAUCGUGAGCAGUACUCAACCUUCGCGAAGAUCAUUGACAAAGCGAGGGAGAUCAUCAAGACCAACAGGUCAGCUACACACGAGAAAUCAACAUGGCAGCCGACCUAUGUGAAAAAGGCACGAACUGGUCCGCGACAGCAGCACUUCGCUGCAGUCCAGCAGGACAGUGGAGAUAACCCAGCAGCCACUCCAGCAUCAAGUGAUGGAGAUCAGGUGGCUGUUGUCCAUCCGCGAAGCAACAACAAGUCCCGCAACAAUGGGAAGGCGAAAUCCUACUUAGGACACUAUGUGACGCCGCAAGGCAUCCGUCCGCUUGCGGACAAGAUCGAGGCCCUACGAGUAUGGCCCGAGCCCACCAACACCACGGACGUUCGUUCAUUCAUGGGGUUGGCGGGCUACUAUCAGCGAUUCAUCACCGGAUACUCCAGGAUUGCUGCACAUAUGACGAGGUUACAGUCGCCAAAGGUGUCAUUCGUAUUCGGUGACGACGCACGCCGGUCAUUCCAAGCACUUAAGACGGCUAUGCUCAUGGCACCCGUCCUUAGCAUUUAUGACCCCACCCUGCCGACACGAGUAACUACGGACGCUUCCGGCUAUGGCAUUGGGGCAGUCUUGGAACAGCACGACGGCGACGACUGGCACCCUGUGGAGUAUUUCAGCCAAAAAGUGUCUCCCAUCAACUCGCUUGAUGAUGCAAGGAAGAAGGAGCUGCUUGCAUUUGUGAUGGCUCUCAAACCCUGGCGGCACUUCCUCCUUGGGCGUCGUAGGUUCACAUGGAUCACAGACAACAAUCCAUUGACCUACUACAAGACGCAGGACACGGUGAGCAGCACGAUCGGACGAUGGAUGUACUUCAUCGACCAAUUUGACUUCACACCAAAGCAUGUCCCCGACCUCUCCAAUCGCGCAGCAGAUGCACUCUCGCGAAGAYCUGAUCUUUGCGCUAUGACACAUCAUGCCUUCGCAUUCGACGAGGAGCUUCAGCGACACUUCAUCCGGGCAUAUCGAUCUGAUCCGGACUUCGGCACGCUCUWUGCACAGCUAUCUUCGGACCACCCGCCGGCCAGCCAUUACCGCAUUGCCGACGGGUACUUGCUCCUCCACUCGAGAGGCAAGGACUUACUAURUGUCCCACGCGACCGUCGUCUUCGGACUCGCCUCCUCGGCGAGUACCAUGAUUCACGACUCGCCGGCCAUUUCGGAGUCAACCGCACUAUUGCACGACUUCGACAGCGAUUCCGAUGGCCCGACCUCAUUACCGAUGUCACUCGGUAUUGCGACUCUUGCGAAGUUUGCCGACGCAGCAAGCCCCGCAGCCGCAAUCCCUACGGCGAGUUACACCCGAUGCCUAUCCCACGGGAACCCGGUCUCUCCAUUGCCAUGGACGUCACCGGUCCGUUUCUUCGCGACCGGCUCGGGCACGACGGCAUCCUCACRGUUGUGGACCGAUUGAGAGUCCGGCACAACAAUGAAACCAAGUUCGGCUCGACACCCUCAGACAGACGGGAGGACGGAGCGGGCACAUCAAACCGCUCAAAUGAUGCUUCGUACGCUCAUCCGUCCGGACCAGAAAGAUGGGUUGACCGCCUUCCCGACAUCGAGUUCGCCUACAACACUUCGGUGCAUCCGACGAUCGGCGUGACUCCAUUCGAGUUGCACCACGGUGGACGGAAAGGCCGGAUCUUCGCCGACCUUCUCCUCCCUAGACCAACCGACAUUGACGCUGCCUGCUCUCCCUCUUCCGUCCGGAAGUACAGGGAAUUGCUGACUCAAGCCCGCACAAAUAUGCAAAAGGCUCAAGUCCGCAUGCAGCAGCAAGCCAACAGGCGUCGCGUACCAUGUCCCAUCCGCGUCGGUGAUCUAAAUUGGGUCUCCGCGGAAGAGUUUGCACUGGAAAAGGAUGUUUAACGCAAACUGCUUCCCAAGUGGUUUGGACCUUGGUCCGUGACAGAAGCCGCGUGCGAU